AUGCCCGGUCGCGACGACGACGCGGACGGCGGCGGCGGCGGCGGCGACGACCGCGACCGCGGGCCUCCGCGACGGCGCGUCUUCGACCCCCUCGGCGGCGGCCGCGCGGGGCCCGGCGACGGACCGCGCGUGGUCCAUCUCGCCGCGGACGACCCGCUCGUGGCGUCGACGCUGAGAUCCAUGAUUCGGCGGGGCGGCGGGACGCUCGCGCCCGCGUCGUCGUCGUCGUCGCCGCGGCGGGGGGUGCUCUCGAGCGGGCUCGACUGGCUCGCGCGCGCGACGGACGACAGCGGCGGCGACCGCGGCGACGACGACGACGACGUCGCGGGCAUCGGACGUGGAGGAGGAGGACGCGAACGGGGAGGCGACGGAGGAGGCGCGCGCGGCGACGUGGAGUCCGGGCUCGGCGAGCUCCAGCGCGCGUGGGAGCGCCUCCGCGCGGACGGCGGCGGCGCGGACGGCGAGCGCGCGACGCCGUCGAGCGGCGGCGGCGACGACGGCGUCGGGGAAGACGGAGGCGCGCCGACCGACGCGGCCGCGGACUUGACCAACUCGGCGGCGUUUCGCUCGGCGACGCGUUGGCUCGAGCACACCGUCCCGGUCCUCCUCCUCCUCCUCCUCGCGCACUUCGCGUCGCACGCCAAGGCGAUCUGCGUCUACGCGUUCUUCUUCGUCGUCCUGACGCGCUGCGACGCGUACCUACGCGCGCGCGUGGGGAAGACGAAGCGAGGGGACGACGGCGGCGGCGGCACAGCUGGCGGUACAGCUGGCGGCGGCGCGGACGCGUCUCCCGCGGGCGCGGCGGUGGCGCUGACCGUCGUGUUGCUCUCGCACUUGACGCUGCUGCGGACGAUGUACCCGACGGACGCGUUCUGGGGGCGCGUGUUUUUGUUCACGCUGCCGAGCGGCGACGGCGCGGACGACCCCGCGGCGUGGGGCUUCGCGCGAUGGGGCACGGACGCGGACGGCGCCGCGCCCGGAUUCGUCGACGCGACGUGGCGGACGUGCGCGGUCGACUUGGUGUUGAAGUACGUCGCGAUGGUGGUCAAGGCGGGGACGUACGCCGCGACGGCACACAGCGACGGCGGGAGGAGGAGGAGUGCGAGAGGGGUCCGGGGCGGGGGUCCCUCGCGCUGGCGCUGGCGUUGGAUCCGCGAGUUUGGGAGGAAGGAGCGCGGCGCCGGCGCCGGCGGAGACGGAGACGUCGGCGGCGGAGACCCGCCGCCGCCGUCGUCGCCGUCGCCGUCGCCGUCGUCUCCGAAGCGCCAACGCCUCGCGAACGCGCGACGACGCGCCGUCUCUAGAUCGCUCGCCGCGCGGCUGUCGUUCAUCGAGAACGCGUCGCUGACGUAUCGCUGCGUCGCGCCGACGCCUGUUUGGUUCGCGUACUUCGCGUCGCGGUCGACGUUCGGCGGCGCGUUCGCGGGGUGCUACCUCUUGUUUAAAGCGCGCGCGACUUACGAGCGCGUCGUCGCGGCGAUCGCGGCGUGGCGCGCGAUGGCGCGCGCGCACGACGGCCACGGCGCGCGGGCUUCCCCCGCGGACGUCGCGGAGGCUGGCGACCGGUGCGCGAUUUGCCAGGAGCGUUUCGACGACCCGGUCAAGCUGGCGUGCGAGCACGUCUUCUGCGACGGGUGCGUCGGGGAGUGGUUCGAGCGCGAGCGGACGUGCCCGCUGUGUCGCGCGAGCGUGGGGGGCGCGGGCGCGGGCGCGAGGCCGUACGGCGACGGCGGGACGGUCAUGAUCGGGAACGUGUUCUAG